ACUUCACCACCUCACUUCUCUCUCUCUCUCUUGAUGACAAUGGGCGAUUCUAAUCUCCGUAAACCUACCAAUUUCGGCACCGGACCUCUAUCACGGCGACGAUCAUGGUGUUGCUCUUUCGCCGUACCUCCGGCGAGUCCUGAUACUCUCUCAAUUUCAUCUCGUAACCACAUUCCAGCUAAAUCUCAGCAGCAGAGACCUAAACCGGUUCCUUGCUCACCGCAAAGCUCUAAAUCUGCUUUAAACAUCGUAAAUCGAAUCGACCCGCGUCGGAUCUUAUCACCGGGUCGGGUUUCUCCCAUAGAUUCGGAUCCCUCCGUCACUACAAUGCAAGAGACCGAGACUGAGACCACUCACGAAGAAGAAGAUGCUGUUGUUGUAGAUUCGCCACCAAAUCUGCGUUCAGAGAGUUUUAGAGCUCCGAAGAUUGAUGUUACUGUCUCAGGUUCGGGUUCGAGUGAGGGUUACGAUGCUAGGUUGAGUUUGAAGGGAAGAAAUGGUGGGGUUUUGGUUCUGGAGCUUAGCUCGGAGGUUUUGGCUGCGAAUUCGGAUGUGUUCGCGGGUUUGAUUGCGGAGGGCAAAAAGUGUUCUUCUUCUUCUUCAUCUUUAGGAUUGAAGAACACAUGCAGGAUUGAAGUUUGUGAUGUGGAGAAUCUUGGUGUUUUUAGGGAAACUGUUGAGCUUAUGUUUGAGGAGAGUAAUGGGAUUAUCAAGAAGUUUAUGAAAAUGGGUGUCUACAGAGCCAUUGAUGUACUCGAGGUGGCGGCUGGAAUAAAAUUUUCAAGAGCUGUCUUGUCGUGUCUGAAAUAUCUUGAAGCUGUUCCUUGGACAGAGGACGAAGAGGAAAAACUGAGGAGACUUCUUGGAAUUUAUAACUUUGAUGCUGCUGCAAUUAGCGAAAUUUUGGCAAGAUUUCAUUCAAACGAGACAGAAAACUCACAAGACAGCUUAUCAAAGAAACUGGUUUGGUCAAUAACCUCCUGCAGUGAUGUAAAUCCUAGAAACGAGCUCAAAUCUUUAGUGAAGGGUCUUCUUUGCAAAAGCUCAGUGUACGAGAAAGAACAGCCUGAGAUCAACAAGGAAGACAUAUAUAGAGCAGGCAAGUGUUGUGUGGAUUCAUUAGUUAAGCUGUUUGAAGAGGGCAGUAGUAGUUGUAGUAGCAAGAAAGAAAAGCCAUUGAUUGAAAGUAUUUCAAGGGAGGUUGAGAACAUAAACUGGCUGUUGGAAAUCAUGAUAGAUCGGGAAAUAGCAGAGGAAUUUGUGGAGAUAUGGGGAAAGCAAAGAAGGCUAGUGGAGAUGCAUGAGAGGGUAUCACCAAUGGUGAGGUAUGAAGUAAGCAGAGUAACAGGGGCAAUUUUCAUAGCAAUGGGGAAAAGGAGAGUGCAAUGCGGAGGAGAAGCAAGGGCGGGUUUAGUAGAAGCGUGGUUCAAGCCAAUGUUAGUAGAUUUUGGGUGGCUACAAAGAUGCAAGAAGGGACUAGACAUGAGGGAAGUAGAGGAAGGGAUGGGGCAAACGCUGUUAACGCUACCAGUAAAGCAGCAGUAUCAAGUGUUCAUGGAAUGGUUCAGGUGGUUCUCAAAGCAUGGGACUGAGUGCCCUAAUCUCAGCAAAGCGUUUCAGAUAUGGUGGCGUAGGUCAUUCCUUAGAGGUGUAGAAUCAUCUACUUGUAGGUAAACAAAUUAUUCCAAGUUCAAGAGAAUAUGUAUGUUAGGUGUUAGCUCUUAUGGAAUUUAGACUGUAAUAUAACUCUCCUUCUGAC